AUGACGACCCCAGUGAAACUCUAUGUGUACGAUCUCAGCAAUGGGAUGGCUAAACAACUUUCUAGGCAGUUGACUGGAAGACAGAUAGACGGCAUUUGGCAUACUUCAGUCGUCGUAUUUGGGAAAGAGGUGUUCUAUGGCCAGGGUAUCAGUAUAACAGAGCCAGGGAAAUCUCAUCACGGUGCACCGCUCGAGAUCUUGGACAUGGGCGAAACCUCCCUGGACGAGGACACCUUCGAUGAAUAUCUCAGUGAGCUCAAGGAACACUAUACAGCAGACAAGUACCAUCUCCUCGAAUUCAAUUGCAACUCCUUCACCAAUGAUUGCAUCGGCUUCUUAACUGGAGGGACGAUUCCCUCUUAUAUCAAAGACCUUCCUACCGACUUUCUGUCGACGCCAUUCGGGGCUUCCCUCCGCCCUACAAUUGACGCAAUGUAUCGCAGGCCCGCCCCUGGUGCCGCCCCUGUACCUCCACCUACUAACGCUGGGCAAGGCCCGAUGGAUGUUCAAAUGGCUGGAGCACUCCUUCAGGCAGCAGCAGCAAUGGCGUCCCAGCAGCAGACCAGCGGCUACGCUCAGCCUUCUGGCCACUCUUCUCAAGCAACCAACGCCAUCGCUGGCCCAAUCCACAUCAUUACCAACGCGCCCAAUUUUAACUCGUUCAUCAAAUCCCACAAAGCUGCUGUUGCAUUCUUCACGAGUCAGACUUGCCCUCCGUGCAGAAUGAUAGAGCCCGUCUUUGAGCGGUUAUCAGAGGAGAAGGGCGUUCAGGUCGACAGAGAUGGAGCAGGUUUUGCGAAAAUUGAUCUUGGAGUUGGGAGCGCGAAUAUGUUAGCUGGGCAAUAUGGUGUGCGGGCUACGCCUACUUUCCUAUUCUUCUUGAAUGGGGAGAAGGUUGAGGAAGUCAAGGGAGCUGAUGCAGGGGAGCUACGAACUCAAGUUGACCUCUUGCUAUUCCAGGCCUACCCUCCACACCCACACACGAGCAUCGCAACACCUACAAUCAAAGCCCUGUCACUCAACCCGAUCUUAUUCACACAGGCACCUGCCAUCGACACCGUCGUCACCAAACUCUCGAGUUUCAUCGAUGCAGCCACAUGGCCCACAUCUGCCCCUCAAACCCAAGCUGACGUGAAGAAGCUGCUAUCCGGCGAAGUCACGACCUACCUCAAAGCGCGUUUCACCCCCGCCACACCAGGCGGUGGCAAACCUUCACUCCCAUCAGCUCCCAUCACUCUGCUCAAUUCGUGGAGCGCCGUUACCCAAACUCUCGUCAAUGCUCUCCCAAUCGAGUCCCUCUUCCCGCUGGUCGACAUGUGGAGGCUUGCAUUUCUCGAUCCUGCAGUCGGCAACUGGAUCGCCUCGUCUCCCGCAAUGAAUCCCAUAACAGUUUUCCUACCUAAAGCCCUCUCGUCCAUCCACGCCACAUCGCCCACAGACACCAAACGCUGGAGAAACUUUAACCUCACCGCCCUUCGACUUCUCUCUAACGGGUUUUCUUCGCGUGCAAGUAGUAAUUGGCUGAUGUCUGGCAACAAUUCGAGUGGGACAAGGGUACGGGACAAUGUCACGCAAAUCCUCGUUCCGAGUCUCUUGCAUGAAGAUGCAGCCAUCCGAACGGCUGCUGCCAGUCUCGCUUUCAAUGCCGCAGCAUGGCUGCAGAAGAAGAGGGUGGAUGCUAUACAAACUGGGAGGAGGUGGAAUGUGGACACCGAAGGCGGGGACGAGAUGGCGGAGUGGCAAGUAGAGAUGGCGAGCGCUGUGGUAGAGGCAAUUGGAAGGGAGAAGGAGAACGAGGAAGUCGUACAUCGAUUGGUUGCCUGCCUGGCAUUCCUCAUUCGCCUAUCACCGGUACACGACACACAGCUUGGCCCUCUCCUCGAAGUUCUCCAGGCGAAAGAGGUGGUUAGAGCCAAGCUUGUUAAAGGAGAGGGGUGGAAUACGGACGGUGGAUUGGCCAAGAAAGAUGUUAGAAAGUUGGUGGAGGAACUUACGAACAAACUACUAUCUUAA